AUGCCUCCCAAAGCCCCCACUCACACUGAACACAACGUCUAUCUGACAACCUCAAUCACCUUCGACAACAAGACAGAUGAUUUCGGCAGACUCCAGGUCUACCAAGCCUUUUCCUCACUCGACGAGGCCAAUGAGUUCUGCGUCGCCAAGGCUGAUGAGCUUGCUCUCACUCUCGACAUUGACGCCCCCGAACCGAAGCUGAGCCACUACACUAAACAUGGCACCUUCAGGAUGGAGCUUCCUCUGAAGAAGCGUAACAGAGAUGUUGUGGUCGAGACGCUCAUCAUGCCUCUCAUGGGCGGCGUCAUAAUGCAUGAUAAGCCCGUCUCUCGCAAGACCUCCAAGUCGACAAAGACCUCCAAAUCAAAAGCCACCAAGUCAAAAGCCAAGAAGUGGCAAGACUCCGACGAAGAAGAUCAGGACGUUGACAUGGACAGCGACCCUGCUUCGCCGAAGACUACCAAAGCCACCACUCGCAAAAACUCAAAAGCCUCAAAAACUGAGCAACGUGACUCUGUUGUCGAAUCCAGUAUCGUCACCGAGGCCGACAUCGCCGCAGCCCCCAGUGGUGUUUCUGGUUGUCUCAACUAUGGAUCGUACACUAUCAUCGGACAUCACAAGUAUUGGAGUGAAGAACAGGUCAAAGUCAUCGUUAAAACAUUCGGAGGCAAAGUCAACAGGACGCUGCCUGUGUACAACAACGAUCCAACCCACCAUCUUGUACUCGGCUCCGACGCUCCUNCGAGGCUCUUGGGCAGGAUUGCACAGAAGGAAUUUAAGCCCGUCACUCCUGAUUCAAUCAUUGCUCAAAUUGGCUGGAUGUCAGGUCCAGAUGCUACUGCACGUAUCACCAGCGAGGAAGUCGCCAAGCUCUGCAAACAGGUCCCUGGAAAACCCGCUGUGAGAACGAGAACUGUCAAGAAGGAGGAGGAGGAGGCUGAUGGCGAUGUCGAAGUCAAAGACGACUACACUACCGACGAGGACUGA